AACCCCCAAAACCCCCCACCAAACCAAAAACGAUUGGAGAAGAUCUCGGAGAUGACGGAGAUGAUCGAGUCCCACCCGAGACCCAACACCACGACGUCAGCCAGACCAGAGAAUCGAGUGCUAUGUCCAGACUUUCCUUAAACACUUUCAGCCCUUUCCAUCCAUCACUUCCCUGCUGACCUGCUGACACGGCACCCAGCACAGCAGAGAAAGCAGGCAGCUGUUGCUCUUGCCCUCCCUGCCUGCAAUAUCCUGACUCCAGGUGGAGCACAAGUCUCCAAUAAAACAGGAAUCUGUGAAAAAACAAGAUCAGCGCCUCCCCCGCUGUCUUCGGAGCUCCCUCCAGACACUCUUCCACACCAGAGAUUGGAAUCCCUGAGCUCAGCCCUGCCCUACUUUAUGUCCCAGUCCCCAGGCAACUGCGUGCUCCUCGGCACAGAUGAGGAUGGAGAAGAGGUCUCGGAGCGCGUCCAGGGAGUCCCAUAGAAGACGCAGAGAGUCCCCGGCUGCGCAGAGCAAAGGAGAGAAGAGAGAGAGCAGCAGAGAAGCUGGCAAAGGGAAGGGAGAUGUAAAGCAGGAGAAAGCCAAGGAGACCAAGAGCACUGUGGGGAGUGAUGGUAGGGUCCACACCUCCACAGUGGUGGACGUGGAUGAUGUGGUGUCUGAUGAAGAAAUGGAGGCAAUGGCAUUGCUGGAUAGUGAGCAGCAAGAGGAAGGUGUAAAGUCUCCUGGUCUGGGUGUCUGUGAGUGGCUUUUGACCAUUUUGUCUUUCCUGUUCAUCAUAAUGACCUUCCCCAUUUCUGUCUGGUUCUGCAUGAAGGUAGUGCGGGAGUAUGAGAGAGCCAUUGUUUUCCGACUUGGGCAUCUCCUUCCUGGCAGAGCCAAAGGACCUGGCCUUUUCUUUUUCCUUCCCUGUUUGGACACCUAUCACAAGAUAGACCUCCGCCUCAAAACCCUAGAGAUCCCCUUCCAUCAGGUGGUGACCAAAGACAUGGUUACUUUGGAGAUAGAUGCUGUCUGCUACUACCGGUUGGAAAAUGCCUCUCUUCUCCUCACCACCCUGACCAGCAUCUCCAGUGCCAUCCAGCUGCUGGUGCAGACCACCACAAAGCGCCUCCUGGCACACCAAGCCUUCUCUGAGCUUCUGCUGGAGAGGAAGAACAUCAGCCAGGAGAUAAAGAUGGCUUUGGAUGCGGUCACAGGCUGCUGGGGGAUCAAAGUGGAGAGAAUAGAAAUCAACAACGUGCAGCUGCCUGCUGAACUCCGCCAGUCCCUGGCUGUGGAAGCAGAGGCCCAGAGACAGGCCAAAGUGCGGGUGAUCGCUGCAGAGGGAGAAAAGGCUGCUUCCGAGUCCCUGCGGAUUGCAGCUGAGAUCCUGUCCAGUGCUCCAGCUGCUGCUCAGCUCCGUUAUCUCCAUGCACUGCACUCCCUUACCACAGAGAAACCUGCUGCUUUCAUCUUGCCCUUGCCUCUGGAUGCCAUGAACCUGGUCUCUCCAGCUACUCACAGCCCUCCAGCUGUAAGCAGCCUCCUUACAGGCACCGAAAAGCUCCAAGAAAAUCCAAAAGACAAGAAGGACUCACCUAUGCUCUGAGAGAAAUGGUUCCCACAUUGCUUCUGCUCAGAAAGGAGCAAUAAGACUGGCCCGCCACCAGGUUCUGACCUGGAGGCAGGAGGGAAAGCAGCCCAGGCCUGCAAUAUAAAGUGGAUUGUACACGGAAAAAGCCUCUACUUGUUUUGGAAAGGAAAAAAUGUGGAGUGCAAGGAGCAGGCCUGGCAAGUGUGUGAGCAAAGGGUUGAGGGAAGUGGGGUGUCAUCCCUUCCCCUCCACAGAGCCAGGUGUACCUUGACACGUUACAGCCUGGCUCCCAGGGUCUGAUCCAUCUUGCCCCAUCACCUUGGAAGGAAGGACAGACCCUUCCCUAUGUCCUUACUUGCCUCCCAUCCACAAACCAAAAAGCCAGGCAGGUGGGAGUGGGAGCAUAACAAUCCAUGGGGGAACAGCACGCAGGCAGGAUGCAAGGGUUUCCCACCUUGCAUCCUGGUGGUCCUGCAAGGAGGGAAAGAGCUGGGUCCUUGUGGUGUCCUGGAUAUGGGAUU